AAUUGGGAUAACGUAAUAUUUGUCUUUCCAGUUACUGUAAUCAUAUUUUUUUUUAUAUCAUAACUGCCGAUUUGAAUAAUAAACAACAUUCUAUAACGUCCAUAAGAUGACCAAAAAAUGCUAGUAUACAUAUAAAAAAACAUCAACUACAUGUAUAUUUUAGUCAACAACAUAUAUCUUUGUAUUUAUUCAUAAAAAUUCCAAUAUAUCGCUAAUGUUAAAUGGUGGUGGAGUCGUCAAGAGCAAACGUUUAGAGUUGCAACAUUGACAGGAAGUAUGGUUCAGAGUUUGUAAAAUGAGUGAUUAACCGACCUGGAAUGACAGCAGACAGAAAUUCCAGAUUAUAUAGGUAUUGUCUUUGGUCUGUUACUGUUGGUUUAUGUUUUUGCAAUGACUUAUUUUCCAUAUGCAAGUCACUUCUACCUUAGAGUGAUUGAUAUGGUGUUAAUCAAAAGCUUAUUUGCAUGGUUAAUGAACUAUAAUCAAACACGACAUAGAACUCACGGAGGUAUGAGAUCAUUGAACUCUUGUUCUUUUCAUAUUUUCCUGUGAAGUAUAGUGCAUACGUGUUGAUAGUGUUGAUAGUUUAUAUGUCAAUAUUCCAAUUGUUGUUAUUAAUUAUUUAGGGUAUUGUUUGUCUAUACAGUAUGUUUGAUAUACCUAAAGUAUAGGUAAAUGCCUCUCCAUUGAGAGCCUCGCAGCGUCCUUGGUUUUUCUCGAACUCACAUCGCCAAACGGUUUGGUUUCAAACUCAUUCUAUAGCAACAGUUUCUUCUCCCGGACUGCCAAACUGUGUAACUCUCUCGAUGACAACCGUUUCCCCCCUGUAUAAAAUCGUUAAAACCAGUGUUCACCGCUAUCUCCUUGUACAAUUAUUUCUUCCACCCAACGACGCAGUUCAUUGCCUAUGAUUUGUCUUCUGGCCGUCAAAAAUGUUGUUUUUCGAUGUUUUUCAGAGGAUUUUUGUUAUGAUUACAAUGUCAUACAUCAUGUAUAUAACAUUUUUCAUAUACGACAGUUCACAUGUCAAUGACCCUAUGCUGCAAGACGUGUAUGUACGAAGUGAAUAAAUACCACACCUUGUUUGUUGACUCAUUACUCCCCCACAUGACAAAGUCGUCAUACAUACGCAAAGGGUUACUAGCGGGCAAAAUGUUUCGAUUCAGCCAAACGGCUAAGUAUCUAAUGUAAUGUCAUUGCAAAUCAUUAAAUGAAUCGAGUUUGGGGUUGACUGAUUAAAGAUAAAGGUGCCUAUUAUUACAUGAUAUUGCUACAAAAUACUGAGGAAUUAUCCCAGGCUAAGCAAAGAAUGAUUAAGGUUAGGUGAGGUCAUCGGAUGAAAGGUCGCUAUACUACAAUGUACCAUGUGACUAUAGGUGUAACGUUUGUAACGUUACUUCUGGCCGAAGACACGCUUCGAUAUACACGCGCCCACUCGCCAUCAAGAGAUCAGACAGCAUGAAUCUAAGAAUCACCGGGCGAGCACUAUGGACGAUUGUCCUGUUUACCACGCUCACAGCUGUCCCCGUGAGGUCAACGUCCGCAAUAUUGGACAAGAGCGUCACCCCUGAGCUAACACAUACUAUGGGGUUAACGACCGACCUGUCGACUACGCAACCAACCACAAAACAAGAUGUCACAGCGACUUCGGAGUCAACCGCACCAACUGACCAAACAACAACCUCGACUUACACAGAGACAACCGAACCAGCAACGACUUCGAACAUGGUGACGAUUCCUGAUGUCACAACACUUGUAACUGCAUCUGAGGCAUAUACAACGACACCAGGAUUUUGCCCAAUGUACUGCGGUUGCAUGGCUGACCGGAUGACCGUGUACUGUUCGAACUACGAUCAUCUCCACUCCAUUCCGCAAGGCAUCCCGACAUGGGUCACGACUCUCUGGGUUACUGAGUCUAACAUUCCUCGACUGGAGAGGAACUCAUUCCAGAACCUUACAGAUCUCCAGACGCUGAUGCUCUUUACGAACUUCAUCACGGAAAUUGCAGAUGGAGCUUUUAACGGAUUAUCAUCCAUCAAAUCCAUUUACUUGGGAACCAAUUGGAUCAAUACAAUACAAGACGACACUUUCAAGGGGCUGGACAGUCUAGAGUACCUAGACCUUACCGGUCAACGAAAUAGAGUCCGUUGA